AUGUCUGGCUUUGACCUCAAUUACUGGAUCGGUUUCUUUCUCUCUGCUGUGAUAUUCUCCAUAUUCUUUUAUGGCAUAUCGAUCGCGCAGACACUAUACUAUUACAGGCAUUAUCCUGAAGAUUCACGAUUGCUGAAAGCAUAUGUCUUGGGAUUGCUUAUGCUUGACUUUGGGAGGACCGUCCUCGACGUUGCGAUCAUCUGGUUCUGGACGAUUGAGCAUCACGGAGAUGUGGGGUUCCUGCUUAUUUGCCCUCCGUCCUUCGCGACCGAGUUCCUUUUUUCGAAAUUGACGAUCAUUGCGGUGCAAGGAUUUUUCAUCAACACUAUAUGGAGGCUUCUGGCAGGCAACCGAUACCGCCAUGUGUUCACACUGUUGGGGGUUGUAUUGGCAUUAUUGGGCUUCUCAUGUGGUAUAGCACAAACGGCGAACAUGUACGACGAGACCUACGCUUACACAAUUAUCCCGAACAACUUGGUAUCUGGAGUGCUAGGACUGGGCGCGUCGUUUGUCGCCGAUAUCUAUAUCACCGUUGCCUUGUGCAUGGUACUACAUGAGCACAAGACGGGACUUGCACGAACCGAGAACAUGAUAUCAAGCUUGAUGACAUUUGCGGUUACCCGAGGCAUAGUCACUUCCUUGUUCCAGCUAGCCUCUUGUAUAUCAUACGGGGCAGCAGUCCAUAGCGAAGCGGUGCCCUGGGCACUCACCAUCAUCCCUGGAAACUCGAUCUAUGUAAACUCAAUGCUUGCAUCGCUCAACAUACGUCAACAUGUCAGAGGAAUCGCCGGCAGUGUUCUAACCACCACCGGUGUAGAACUCAAUACUAUCGGCAUGCAGAACAACACGAGGAUGCACAUCGCAGUCUCACAAGAACGGUGUACAUCAAGAGAUCGCGUCACAGCACCGGAGGACGAGAGGGUCAAUGGCGCAUGA